AUGGGUGGGCUGGGAGAAGGCUACAAGAAGAGCAUAUCCAAGAGUUUCUCAAAUUCACUUGCUAUCUCUUUUUGGGCAAAACAUAAAAUUCCUUCCUCCAACAGCUUGGUAAAAGAGGUUGCUAUCUUUAGCAAAGUUGCCAAUUUUCUUCCUCGCACGCGCAAAUAUCCGCGCGCGGAGCUCGGUUGCCAUUGCGAAAAGCUGUAUCGACGCUACUCUCGCGCGCGCGAGAAGCCUUCCCGCGCGAGAUUUCUAUCGUUCGCGUGCAAUAAAGGAUCGGUCCAGUGCAAGCCGCCGUCCCUAGAUAGCGACGUCGCCAUUCCAUUCAUCUUCUUCGACGCGAUUGGAGUCCAGGUCCAAAGAAGUUGCGCCGCCGCUGUUCGUCUCUUCGUCGUGAAGCCAGGAGUCAGAUGGGCAGCCGGCUUGAUGUCGCAGAUGGGCGGCCGCAAUGGAGGAUGGCCACCAGCCGACGGAGACCUGCACCAGCGGCCGAGAGUCGCGAGAAGACUCUUGCGCGACGGCACCGGCUAUUCACGAGUUCGAGGAUAUGAAAAUUAUCGGUCAGGUUGUGGGCCUAAUAUUUAAUUUUAGUAAGUCUAAAUAGCAAACUAUUGAAGAGACUCUAUUUUUAAACUUGUCAUCUCUUUUAGCAAGUUGCCAAAUCACAA